GUGUUAGAUUGGCAGAGUGUUUAUCAAUCAACAGCUAUACCUAUACCUAGAUUUCCACCAGUAGAUGAAAGUGUUAAUUUUAUUGGAAGACUAGCUAGAGAGAUAUUACGUAUAACAGAUUCUAGGACUACUAUUUAUAUAGAUCAGAUGAAAGCUUGGUAUGAUGUUAAAACUAAACAAGAAGUAGCAAAUAGAACUUUAUUUCAACAAAUACAUAGAGCAGUGGGAGGUUUUGGACUGUCAGGUUUAGAUAGAUUACUAUGUUUUAUAUAUAUUGUAGAGAGCAGUGGGAAGUUUUGGACUGUCAGAGAGCAGUGGGAAGUUUUGGACUGUCAGAGAGCAGUGGGAAGUUUUGGACUGUCAGGUUUAGAUAGAUUACUAUGUUUUAUGAUAGUUAAAGAAUUACAGAAUUUUCAACUGAACCUACAACGUGGUGUUAUCAGGGAUAAAUCUUG